CCCCGGCGGCGCGGCGCGGCCCCGCCCCGGAGGCCGGCACGCCGCCCCGCUCGCUCGCUCGCUCGCUGGCUGCCGGGGAACAUGGCCGAAGUCGGGGAGGACAGCAGCGGGGCGCGGGCUCUGCUGGCGCUGCGCUCGGCGCCCUGCAGCCCCGCCGCGGCGCCCCCUCCCGGGCCGCCGCCCCCGGCCGCGCCGCCCGCCGCCGCCGGCCCGGUGCUGGCGCGGCUGCAGGGCCGCGAGUUCGAGUUCCUCAUGCGGCAGCCGGCCGUCACCAUAGGCCGCAACUCCUCGCAGGGCUGCGUGGACGUCAACAUGGGCCACUCCAGCUUCAUCUCGCGGCGGCACCUGCAGCUCAGCUUCCAGGAGCCGCACUUCUACCUGCGCUGCCUCGGCAAGAACGGCGUCUUCGUGGACGGCGCCUUCCAGCGCCGCGGCGGCCCGGCCCUGCAGCUGCCGCCGCAGUGCACUUUUCGAUUCCCUAGCACGGUUAUAAAAAUCCAGUUCACAUCUUUAUACCAUAAAGAGGAAGCAAAAGAGGAAGCUUCGUCGCCUCCGCUUCGGCCGCUUUACCCUCAGAUAUCGCCUCUGAAGAUCCACAUUCCGGAGCCGGAUCUCCGGAGCGUGGUCAGCCCCCUCCCGUCCCCCACCGGCACGAUCAGUGUUCCCAACUCUUGCCCGGCCAGUCCACGUGGUGCUGGAUCCUCAGGAUAUCGUUUCGUUCACAACAUUACCUCGGAUCUGCAGCUGGCAGCAGAAUAUGCCGCAAAAGCAGCAUCAGAACAGCAGGCAGAUGCAUCUGGCGGGGACAGCCCAAAGGAUGAGUCCAAGCCACCGUACUCUUAUGCUCAGCUAAUCGUGCAGGCCAUAUCGUCGGCACAGGACAGACAGUUAACACUAAGUGGGAUCUAUGCCCACAUUACCAAGCAUUAUCCGUAUUACAGGACUGCUGACAAAGGCUGGCAGAAUUCCAUUCGGCACAACCUCUCCUUGAACCGUUACUUUAUCAAAGUCCCACGCUCUCAGGAGGAGCCUGGAAAAGGCUCCUUUUGGCGAAUUGACCCUGCCUCUGAAGCCAAACUAGUAGAGCAGGCAUUUAGAAAACGAAGGCAAAGAGGAGUGUCCUGCUUCCGAACACCUUUGGGGCCUCUCUCCUCCAGGAGCGCUCCCGCCUCCCCUACUCACCCUGGCCUGCUGUCCCCUCACUCUAGUGGCCUACAGACUCCAGAGUGCCUGUCGCGGGAGGGCUCACCCAUUCCACACGAUCAUGACUUUGGGUCAAAGUUAGCCUCAGUUCCAGAGUAUCGGUAUUCACAAAGUGCACCUGGGUCUCCAGUCAGUGCCCAGCCAGUGAUUAUGGCUGUUCCUCCCCGGCCAUCUACUCUGGUGGCAAAACCAGUCGCCUACAUGCCGGCAUCAAUAGUGACUUCUCAACAGCCUUCAUGUCAUGCAAUUCACGUAGUUCAACAAGCUCCCACUGUUACAAUGGUCCGAGUUGUGACCUCCUCUGCAAACUCUGCAAACGGAUACAUCCUCACAAAUCCGGGCACAGCAGGAGGAGCUCACGAAGCUGCAGGAGCAGUGCUGGACUUAGCUGGUGACCACCGAGUAGGCAUGGAUGAAAAGCCAACAAUUGCAUUUGCCACGAUACCUACAGCCAGCCGUGUUAUUCAGACAGUCGCCAGUCAAAUGGCCCAGGGGGUUCCAGGACAGACGGUCACGAUCCUUCAGCAGGCAGCUCCAGUGACCAUCGGACAGCACCAGCUCCCUGUGCGGGCCGUCACCCAGAAUGGGAAACAUGCUGUCCCCACCAACAGCAUCACCGGCAGUGCUUAUGCUCUUACAAAUCCAUUGCAGCUUCUUGCAGCACAGGCCAGCUCGUCCACUCCUGUUGUAGUCAGCCGGGUAUGCGAGACGGCGACUGAAGAGACAGCAGCAGCCUCUUCCAGUGAACCUGAAGUCAAAAGAGCCCGGAUAGAAGAGCCCAGCGGAGCAGUCCCAGCCCAAACUGGUGUCAUCACAGCUGCAGUGCCACAAGGACAGGCAACCAGUGAAUGAAGAGCCGGUGGGAGGAGCUGGCAUGGUGCGGGGUGGGCAUGGGAUGGCAGCAGCCCCUAAAGCAGCUUUCAAAGAAAACAAACCACAACUGUAACAGCUUGAAACAUAGAGAAUAAAAAGCUCUUUUUAAAGUCAGAUUUUUUUUUAAAUGGGAGGUCAACAGCUGUUAGAAUCAUAAGGUGCCAAAAAGAAUGAAAAACCCCUCCCGAGAACCCAUACCUGGAACUCUGUUCUGUCUUUACCUAUGGGAUAUUUUUUCUCUUUUUUUUUUUUUUUUUUUUUAAGAUUCAAAAAAAUAUACAGACAACUGAUUGUAUGACUGCUGGGAUUUUUUUUUAAACUGUCUUUUCCCCUUUUGGCUCCAAGGGGAUGGGAUUUGCAGUUCAGCAUCUAAAGGAAUGUAACACAGAUACAGUCUGCUCCCUGGAAAGAAAACUCCUCAUUUUCUAUGCCUUAAUACUCUGCUUCUCAGAGCUUUGAAACAUAGGACCAUUUAAAAGGGCCACCUAAGGCAAUCAAAUGCUGAAAGAUGGGUGCAGUACCUCACAACAACAGCAUUAAAGAAACAUGGUACCAAGCUUAAAGAAAAAGGCAGAAUGAUUUUUUUUUUUAAUAGAAAAAUUCUGAAUAUGAAUGAAUGUUUAUUUAUGUGGGGAUUCAGGAGGAAGAGUUACACAGCUCAACCACCUGGAUUUCCAAAUGCAACUUCUCUCCAUUCCCUCUGAGGGAGAAUAAGAUAACAGAGGAACUGUAUUAAUUUGGUUCCUGAAAAGAAAUUAAAAACAAAGGGUUUUGUACCUUCAAUGUUUUCUUACAGUUAUUCAUCACUUGCUCUGGACGACAGCCAAAGUAUCUUGAUGACUGAGGGUUACGUGGGGAUGGGCGUCUCUGAAAUGUUCUGGGUGUAUCUGGUUUUCUUUGUGUUCACGUCUGUGCUGGAGCACUGACUAGGGUUUGUUCAAAACGAGCGUUGGAGAUUCAAGACCUUGUCUCUGUGAACCUGAGAAAAUACCAGUCAGCCUGGUGCACUAAAGUGGUCUGCUUCCAUCCCUGCUAGAAGCAUGGUCCCCUGGUUGGAAAACUGUAUGGGCAGUGGUCAGAAGGCCAGGGUUGUCUCUGACCCUCUGCCAUGGGGUAGCAGCCAGGCUCCGGUGUUAGGCUGCUGCGAGGGAGGUUGAGUGCUGGGGUGAGAGGCAGCAGAGCGCACGGACAGUAUUUAAUGCAAAUUCUGUAAGGUGCAGAGACCGAGGAUGAAGAGGCCUUUUAUUUUCUUUGAGGGAAAAGUCAUUUGGGCAUCUUCAAGUUCAGGCUGGAAAACCUGUUUGGGGUUUUCUUUCAUUUCCCAAUUCCCUCUCCCCUCGCUCCCAGUAACAUGUUUGGUUGGUCAGUAGGAGCAGGCUUUUGCUUCAGCUAUAUUCCAGGCUCUGUUUCUAGUACAUCUUACAAGUGGAGCAGAUUUGAGUCACUUGAACCACGUGGAGAAGUGGGUGUGCGUGACAUGCCGUGUGACUGGUAAAGAAAUCAGCCUCUCCUUAGCCUCCAGGUAACCCAUUCGGUUCUACGCGUUUGGUCCCUUUGGCUAACUUGUCCUCUGGCUACACAGCAGGUAUCUUUUAACUUGGAAAACUUUAUAGCUUUGGUAAAGGCAAAAGAGGCUUAGCAUGGAGGGGAUGUCUUCUGCAGGUUCUCCCUCCGCCUGUACUGACUUACUGUGGGGUCGUUGUCUCGUUGUCCGGUCUGACAGUGCUGUUCCAGAGCAGAGGGACGCAAGUCUGCCAUCUGACCGUGGUGCAGAGAUUUCUCCAGUCUGCCGUGAAGGAUGCUGUCAGCAUGUCCACGGGGAUCAGGGAUUAAAGCACAACACUUUAAUGCCUGCUAGAAUUUGGGGAGAGGGGUGGAGAUCCAAGAGGUGACAGCUGGUAUCACUUGUUCCCUCCUAGGUUUCCUUUCUCUUUGCCAAAUCCUAUUCAAUAGGCGAGUCCCACCACUUGGAUAAAACCCGGGAAUGUUUAUGUUCAAGUCAAUUGUUUUGUGAGGAAAUAUUUCUGAAAGAAGGAAAGAAUUUCUUGGGCUUGUGAUUUGCGGUUAAACUCCACAGUUAGAGGCGCACCAAGUAUUCGGGACAGUUCAUUUAUCUACAGCUAGUCCUUGUGGUUUAGGUGUGGGCCUUUAGUGGUGAGCUAUUAGAUGGGGUUUUAGUGCUUUGAAAUGAUAUUGUGAAUGAGGAUCGUUACCGACCACAACAUAACUGAAGCAGGCCAGCCUGCAGGCUCCCUGGUCUGCGAGGAGGACUAGGUGCGGCAGAGUGAGGAAGCGCACAGAUCAGUUCUGUCGCUUCUGAAGCCUUUUCAAAACCAGAAUUCUAUUAAAAUGGACUUCAAGAAAGCAUACGUGAGCAAGAGCACAGCAUAGUUUAUCUAUGACGAACCAGUGUUUUGGCGUGAAUGCUGUUUUAGAUAUAGACGUGCCUCUGAAACGACCCUGAGGUUAUCGAGCUUUACUGAAAGAGAAGAUUAAUUGGUUUUCCUGUAUGUUAGGUGAGUCAGUGCAAGGUGAGCGACCAACAGAACGCUGUUCAGGACGUGAAGCUGCCAAGUGGGGUUUUUGGGUCCCUCCUGUCCCUGCCUUUUUUUCUUUUGAAAAGUCUCAAUAAUUAGACAGGCCCUGAACCUCUGUAAGCUAAUACAUCACCAUAGAAAUACAUCAGCUGAGUCCUGGUGUUUUCAGAAACUAGUUGUUGCUUUAUAGAUACCUCUUGAAAGCCCAUCUGCCGCUUGAGUGUAUACAUUUGCCUCCUCAGCAUUUAGGACAGAAUAAUACUUUUUCAGUCUCCCUCUUGUGGUUCACAGUGCCUAGUGCUUAAAUUGUGAGUUAAUGAUAAGCAAGUCUCUCUAACCUGUUUACCCAUUCUGCUUGGGGUACCUGAAACUGUCAGUUCAUCCUAUUAGACUUUUGCCUUAUGAGUGGCACAUUUUCCAUCUACGGUAGGAAGCACGAUGCCACUUGGAAAAAAAAUUUUUGUCUAGGUGCAGCAUUGCCUGAUAUUAGGCAAAGUCACAGGUCUUACUAAAAAUCCUGUGGAGAGCUAUGGAGGAAUGUGGUCCUCAUCUGGAACAUCUCAUUUCAGGCCUCCAGAUUAAUUCUUGUAGCACGCUGCCCAGCGCAGAAGGCAGCAUGCUUCAGGAAGCAGAGGGAAAAGGAGCCCCCGUAGCUGCCAGGGCUGCCCUUCCCGCAGAACGUCAGCUCGGAAGGUGGCAAGUCACAGAAACGAGAGGAGCAGCUUAGAGCUGUCUCACUUAUUUUUGGAUCAUGGAAUAAUUUAGGAUCUCUGGAGAUCAUUUUGCAUAGAUACCUUUCAGAAUCAGCUUUUUCAGGCCUUUAAAAUACAGGUGAAUAGAAGUACACCAAUAAAAUUUGUCUUGUUUCCUAUAUUUUUGAUAUUUUUCUAAAAGUUGAUCAGUUUAUUAGCUUGUCAUUGAAGAGAGAGGGGAAAAAAAGGGAAAAAGAAAAAGCAAGCCUAUAUCAGUUGGAACAGACACCUGUUGAAAUUCAGUGUGUGAACAAAUUUAAAUAGCAAUUUUGUGGGUGGAAGGAUGAGGCGUUCCCAGAACGUUACUGGCUCUUCAUUUAGAAGUGGCUGUCAUUUUAACAACGCUUUUCUCAUGAGGGUUGCGGUCAGUAUGCCCAAAAGAGCAGGUAGGCCCUCUUUAAUCGAAAGAAAACAUUUGACCGGUUGCUGUCCGUGUCCAGGGUUCAAACAGGCCAUUUUGGAUUUCUCCCUUUGCUUUUCCAAGCCAUAUCAUUUCAGCUGACCGUGACUCAUGCAUUUCUGCUACUUGACUUGGUUUCCUCAGACUAAGUCCGGUGCAACUCAAAGGUCAUUUUGAAAAACAAGUAGCUGUUUCUUUCUUCUCUGCUGCAUUCAAAUGCUCCUUCAUCCCAGUGUACUCUAACCUGAUCUCCCUCUGCAUCGGUGUUCUGGUCACAGAAUAGUGACUCUGUGUUAGCUGCUUUUACAUGCAAGAAAUACCAUGUCAUUCCCCAGAGAAACCCUUGGAAUCACUUAAAAAAAAAAUGAAUUGUAGCAGUCUUUCCAGUUUCCAUUUUUAACUGGAAAUUGGAACCACUAAAUUUUGUGCUGAGUCGAAAGUCCUAAAUGAAGUCUCCGAUUGAAACUUUUUGAAGUCUGUUUCCACUUUGUUUCUUCCUAGUGGCACAACUCUCCUUAUGCAGGGCAUUAGUCCUGAUUCUCCAGGCUUUCGGUUUUGAGCACUACAGAGAACAGCGAAAGGAGAGGAAUGUCACGGGAUGUGGUGGAAUGUAGAAUGAGGCUUCCAACUAGAAAGCAAAUGCUGUCUUAGUGGUUCUUUGGAGUACUUGGUUUAAUCUAAAUUUGGUCAUCUAAGAUGUUUUUUCCCUGAAGAGUUGCAUCUCCUGUCCUCGAUUAUAUUAAAUGUUUCAGGCUUGAGGAGGAUCAUCUUAUGCCAUCAUCUUCUGCGCUGUGGAUAACAAAGGUCAUGACCUGUCAAGUAUUUGAUCUGCUAUAAAUCGGGCCUGUGAAAACUUAAAAACUGAAUUUUUAAAACAAGUUGAAAUCAUUUUUUGAUGUUUCUUUUUGAUGUUUUUCUCAUCUUAGGCAAUGGCAGAUUAAUUUCACUUUGAUUGCAUUCAGUUUAUAGCAACUUUUUUUGCCUCAGUUUGCAAAAGCUGAAUGCAGUUUUUCUUGGUUUUAUUCUACUAGAAUUACUUAGUUAUUGUUUUGUCUUGACCUUGACUCUUUUGAUACAGGAAGCUUUUUACAGUGAGAUCAAUGUGGUCUGAUUUAGUGAUACCACAACACAGUGCAGAGCACAGAAAUGUAGUUCAUGAUUAGCUCAUAUAUUCUUUUCAUCUCCUCUCUUUCUUCCUUUCUCCCUCGCUCCCCCCCAUACCAUUAAUGCUGUCCCUUGUAGCAUAUCCAGCCUAUCCACUGGCAGGAGCAGUGCCUUGCAUUAAGUCCUACCUAAGGCUGUGCUGAAAGAUGGUUCAAGGAUGCAAAUGUGUGGGAUACGUGGGGCUCCAGAGCAGGAUGAAGGGGGUCAAUUUGGCUACCCUAAUUUAGUUUUUGUUAUAUGUUUUAGAAAUAUUGAACUGUUGGGCACAGGUUGUUCAGGAAAGUGCUUUCACAGAGCCAUGUUAAAGCUUUAUGGGAGGGAAGAAAUAGUUUAAAAAACACCUGAAGCCUGUACAGUGCUUCUAAAAUCAAUGCCAUGAUCUACCUCUGUUUUUAUUGGGGAGGAGGAAAAUUACUGUGUCUCAAGCCUCUUGCUUUUUGAUACUAAGCAUCAUUAGUAAAGAUGUUAAUGGCUGAAUUAGCAUUAGGUAGUAGACUGUACACAAGUAGGUUUUUUUCUUAAACUUGGUUUCAUAUGUGCCUCAGACAUCUGCCUUGUCAGAGCACCUGUUACUGGCUUACAGCUGCUAUUCAGAGUCACCUUCCACGCUUUUUCCCCCUUUUCAGUAGGGAAAAGCCAGCAGUAAAAUAAAAUUUGAAGUGCAAAAGGCUGGGGACCGAUACGUAAGCAAGUGAGAGUGACUGACCUGAGUUUUCAUGCAGUAUGAUGUGGAACAUUAUUCACUGCCUGCUGGAGGCAUUAAAUUGGAGUUGGAGCUUUUCCUCCAUAUUAGCAAGGAGGUUUCCCAAUGAACUGUUUGGUGUUGCCCUAACACGUGUUGGUGUGUGGAGGAAUGUCAGAAUGCAGAGUGAAAGGAGAAGAGUUUCCCUACUGUACCUAGGUGUAUGGAUCUGGGAUGACAACUAAUCUAGCAAUAGUUCAACUUCUGUACCUUUCGCUUGAGAAUCAGAAGCAUUUCUUCAAGAUUACUGCAUUUAAGGAUUAAAUCCUUACUGGCUGGUUGUUCCCCUCUUUGUUUGUCAGGUUUAAACUGUGUCUCAUAAAUCACAGUUUCACUGUGAUGAACAUAAAUUGCAUAAAACUGCAAUACUAGGUAAGAUGAAAUCUCCUUCUAGCUCUGUUGUGCCUCUGCUGUUGGCCUGUUGUAGAUGUCUAGAAUCAUGGAAUAACUCAGGUUGGAAGGGACCUCUGGAAGUCUCUGCUACAGCCUCCUGCUCAAAGCAAAUCCAGCUAGAUCAGGUUGUCCAUGGCCUUGUCCAGCUGAGUUUUGAAUAUCUCCGAAGAUGGAGGUUCCACAACUCUUCUGGUCCCAGUUCCAGUGUUUGGCCACCCACGUGGUGAAAACACUUCGUAUACCUAAGAAGAGCUUUGCAUGCUGCAGCCUGUGUCCAUCGCCUCUUGUCCUGUCACUGUGCACCUCCAAGAAGAGUCUGGCUCUGCCUUCUCUGCCCCCUCCUAUUAGGUAGUUGAAGACACCAGUAAGAUUUCCACCUUUGCCUUCUUUUCUCAAGUCCAAACCAACCUGGUUCUGUGUCUCACCUUGAAUUUUAUGUGCUCAAGCCCCCAGGGCAUCAACUGGGGUUGCUCCAGGAUGUCAGUGUAUGUCUUGUACUGAGGAGCCCAAAACUGGACACACACUCCAGAUAUGCUCUCACAAAUGCUGAAUGGAGUGGAAGACAAAUCACUUUCCUUGACCUGCUGGCUACGCUUUUGAAAGUACAGCCGAGUACGUGGCUGGUCCUCUUUGCUGCAAGGACACGCUGCUGACUCACGUUCAGCUGCUCUGAGUAUAGUGUGAGAAAUGGAGUGGCAAAGUGACCUGGAAAUAUUCUGGGUUGCAUUUGCACAUAUGCAACCAGCUCGUCCUUCUCUUCCAAGAAAGAGUGCCAAAUGGGGUCUUCCAGCUUUUUGAGCAGGAAGCAGUGCUUGAGGGGUGCUGAUCACUUUUAUAAAUGUCUUGUGCUUUACCUUAGCAAAUGAUAGUUUCAAUUCAGUGUGGAGCUUUACUUUGAACUUCUACCUUGAUCCAAAAAUCUUAUGGAUUGUUUUUACUCCUGCUGCUAGUAAGCUAGACUUGGGCAUUAAGAAUGAACCUCUAAAAGGAACGUGACUAGCUUCAUGGUUUGGUCAUUACAGUACAUUGAGCUUUUGCAUUUGCAGAUGUCAUCUGGCAGCAAAUGAUCUGUCUUUCCAUGCCAACCAGCCUCUCAGAUAGCUCUUGUUUCUGCUCUCCUCUCACAAUUUCUUUCCUCUGUUUGUAGUUGUUUCUAUCCAUUCCAGAGUCCUUUAAUCCGGGUCCUAACUUAAUGCCUUUGCUUGAAGGUCUGUAUCUGGUGAGAAGCUGUGUUAGGUUGCAAGAACAGAUUUUUCAGUUAUGUAACUUCUUGUUUUCUUCCGGGUGAAAAAAUAUUUCAAAGCUGCUAUUCCUAUAGCAUACACUACUGCUGUAAAGGGUCGCUUGCGAUGGAGCCAGUUGUCGUGCUGCAGAAUAUAGUUACACUACAAGGUCACCUGGCGUGCUGGAGCUGAUGCGUUUGGGAAGUGAUGCUUUCUGGCAUUUUGGUCUGCAUCUGAUGAAAACGCAGCUGUGACUUGGUGUUAGAGCGUCUCCCUGUAUGCGGCUGUCUAGUGGCAAUUUGACUGUAACUAGUUAGAUCAGCAGACGUUGUCUUUGCUAGGUGCAUUAUGUGCAGGACAGAGUAUGAGCUUGUUCACACAGGUGUGUAUAUAUACGUAUAUAGUAAUCAAAAGUGGAAACCAUCUAGCUGCGAGGGUGGGCUUUCUCUGUUAGAUUCAGUCUUUCACGGAGCAGUAAUAUGGCAAUGAACAUUUUACAUUGGACUGAGCAAGACAUUUUGAAAAAUACUAGCUUUUCUUGGAGCACUAUAUUUAAAUUCCAAAAUUUUAAUCAACUUGACUUUUAACCUUUGUAUUUAUGAUACCUGAAAAUUCUUUUGAUACCUUUUCAAUUUACCGACCCUGAAUUAAAACCCUUCAGAAUAUAUGGCUGGUCCUCUCCUUAUAUGUCACUUUAGUUUCGGAGCCUGGGGGUAGCUGUGCCAAGCCUCCCCCUUCGCUCUCAAGGUCAGAGAAACCAUUGGCGAUUCUGGGUGGCAGCUAAGGAAGAAACCUUUUAAAUAUUUUUUUCAGAGAAUAUUAAAUUAGAUCUGUGUAAACAUAAAUUUUAUAUUUAUUAAUGUGUGCGUGCGUGUGUGUGUGUAAAUAUAGAUAUAUAAAUGGUCCAUGACUAUUUCUUUCUCUUAAAUGGUACUUUACACAGACUUUUUAUACAGUAUGUUGGUAAAUUCCCACACCAGGCACUGAAUCUGAAGAAAUGAUGUACCUAUUUUUGUAAGAAACGUGGGCAGCCUGUAGAAGCAGCUUUACUUCAGCGAUGGCUUUCGUUCCCCUCCCAGAGCAGAAGAGCCCCUUUGGUGCUUGCAUCCUCCUUGGGCAGGAGCCCUGCUUCGGCGAUGCUCUGCGUCCAGCCCCAGCCCGUGCUGUUGUGCCGGCAAGGAGAUCCCCCAACGGCACUAAUGAAAGCGGGAAUCCUUGCUAGGCUCAGCUUCCCUCUAGAUGCCGUGUCUGGAAGCUCUUUACAGAUUCUGCUCUGUAACUAAUGGGACCUUAUUUCUAACACAAAUUAAUAGAGGGUCCAUGACGAUGCUGUAAGGCUGAGGAAUUGCUCCCUGUCUCUCUAUCGGGUGGCUGAGCGAACGCUUGGGCACUAUGAAAUAGUGUCUUUUCUGCUGUGGUGAGAUUGUGUUCCUCUUACGAUGCUUCUGUCUCUCUUUAUGGGGCCCGCGGUGUAGCUAUCCCUUUAAAAACAAAUAUAUAAGCGCUUUUCUAGUGUUCCCAUUCGCAGAGAGUAAAUUUUACCUAGUCAGUCAAAUUUCAGGCCUGGUUUAACUCCAUGCGGAUUACAGCAUUUGCAUAAGUGUGGAUUUUGACCCACUUGGGCCUUUGGAGAACUACUCAAAAAAGCAGAUUAUACUUGGCUUCUUAAUCCUAAGAGCUCUCUUUAAAAAGUCAGAAUGUGUUUCUCUGUAAGGACCGGAGUGAAUGCUUUUCCUAGGUUUCUGCUGACUAUCUGUGAUAGGGUUUGAUACCUAAGGGAGGACAAGCCUGGUGAUGCCUUCGGAGCCAGCGUCCUGGCCCUGACCUCGGCACCUUAUUCAUGAUCUAGACCAUUCAGUCUCGCUUCUGCCCCCCUCGGUUUUGUUUAAAGCAGUCCAAAGCAGACCCUUCCUUAGAGGUAAGGGCAACGUUGAGGAGAAAUGUCUGUUAGCCGAAAAAAAAAGAGAGAGAUUUAAAUUGAGCAGAAAAGAUGAGGUUUCCUUCUGUUUCAUUACCUUGCUGCUAAGUCUGGUGCAGAACAUCGUGCCAUCGUUCUGAUUUAUGCGCCGCUCUUUGGAUGUGGACAGGCUGCUAAGCAGGCAAGCUGGCUCUGCAGCAAGGGAAUCGCUGUAAACCUGAACUCCCUGUGUCUCCUUCCCCCUCAAAUGGUCUCGCAGUGCAGGGAGCCAGAGCACCGUUGUUUGUAAGAUCUUUUGAUGGAAAAAACAGCGAAUGUGCAAGUUUUACUUAAAUAUACCAGUAUGGAAAACUGAACCAUGGAAAAACAGAAUGGUUCAAAAAAUGGAAUGAUUUUUAACAUGCAGAAUUCGUCUGAGACAGCGUGUCGUCGUGGGAUCCGGCGCGCCGUUCCCAGCGUGGGGAAGGCGGCGGUGCCCAACCCGCUCGCCGGCCCCUGCGAACGGGAGAGCAGCGGUCAACUCGUGCCCGCAGCCAUCCGAGGGACUGCUAAAGGCUGCUCAGAGAUGACUCGAAAUGCAUGUGCAAGCGACGGAUGACAAAGCUGGAAGUUCUGAUCAGAUUUGGAAUAUUUGCUUUUUUUAAAAAAGAAAAAAAAAUCCGUCUGCCCCGGUUGUACGUGGACGCGCUCCCGCCGAGCCCUUCGGCCCUGGAAUACCUCACUGGUUUGACAGAGCUUUUGACUGUUUUUGCUACAGAGAUCUGAAGGGGAACCGCUCCCCUUUCACAUAGAUUUGGCACUUAAUUUAAGGGAUCUUACGGGGGGAGGGCGGGGAGGGGGAGACCUAAAGCCAUGCUUGCAUUUCAGUUCCUGGUUUUGCCUGUACAAGACACCUCCAGCCAGAUAUUUUUUUUUUUAACAGCUGAUAUCAAAAGUAUUUUUUGGUGACUUGUGUUCGUAAUCAGUGCUUUUUAAAAAGCAGGUGUGUAUCCCAAAGGAGAAAGCUCCUUCUGGGGCCAUGGGGGUGAAUUUCGGCAUCUCUCUCCGGCCGCGGUGCAGCACUGCCCCGUGAGAUGCUCGAGGACACGCGGUGACCGCGCGGCUCCCGGGCGGGCUGGGACCGUGCCCGGCCGUGCCGAGGGGCUGCUGCCGCCGGAGAGGGAAGUACCGGCAUCCACGGAGCAGGACAUCAAAUGGGAUACAGUGUUUUUUGUUUUGUUUUUUUAAAUACGGAGCCAUACUUUUUUUUUAAGUAAUUUGAGAUCUGAAUGUGAUUUCUAAUGUAUCAAGAACGUUAAUAUUUUAAAGCUAUAACAAAGUUUUAAAUUUCUACUAUUUUUUUUUCAUUUAUUUUAACUGUUCUGUUACCUUAAUUUGAUGUAUGUGGUUGGGGAGUGUUGCUUCUCCUCUUAGCAUUUGUUUCUAUAACCAGAAAUAAAAUUAUAUAUGAAAGAGAA